AUGGCUACUCAAGACCGCAAGCUGCCUUUGGGCAAGAUUGAGCCCAACUCGCUCAAGUAUUUCCUCAGCUGUGGUGCUGGAGGUAUCAUCGCUUGUGGACCCACCCACACAGCAGUAACACCUCUCGAUCUCGUAAAAUGUCGUCGUCAAGUCGACCCUAAGAUCUACACCUCCAACGUCCAAGCAUGGCGCACUAUCUUCUCCAAGGAAGGUCUCCGCGGCGUCUUCUUCGGCUGGUCCCCCACCUUCCUGGGCUACUCAUUCCAAGGUGCCGGUAAAUACGGUCUCUACGAAUACUUCAAGCACCUGUAUGGCAACCAGCUAUUCCCUGAAACAAACCGCACCCUGGUCUUCCUAGGCGCUAGUGCUUCGGCCGAGUUCUUCGCCGAUAUGGCACUGUGUCCGAUGGAAGCGAUCAAGGUUCGCAUGCAAACUACCCUCCCGCCAUAUGCUUCGGGGCUACGAGAGGGAUGGGGUAAGAUUGUUGCAAAGGAAGGCUUUGGGGGUCUGUAUAAGGGUCUGUACCCUCUGUGGGCGAGACAGAUUCCCUACACUAUGACCAAGUUUGCAACCUUUGAGGAAACGGUUAAGCUCAUUUACUCCAAGAUGGGGAAGCCUAAGGAGGAGUAUGGCCAAUUGACACAAACUGGUGUCAGUUUCCUUGGUGGUUACAUUGCUGGUAUCUUCUGUGCUGUUGUCAGCCAUCCGGCAGAUGUAAUGGUUAGCAAGCUUAAUGCCGAUCGCAAAGCUGGUGAGGGUGCCAUGACAGCUGUAUCCCGCAUCUACGGAAACAUCGGUUUCUCUGGUCUCUGGAACGGCUUGCCUGUUCGUAUUGUGAUGCUUGGAACCUUGACUGGUUUCCAAUGGCUCAUUUACGACUCUUUCAAGGUCUUCCUUGCUACAUCGCGACAACCACUCCGGUCCCAACAUCGUCAAUUACGUGUAUUCAAAUUGAAACAGCCCAUCAAAAUGGAAGCCUCCCGCCCACACACCUCCAUCCCACCAGCCAAUCCCCCCAGCGUUGAAAUCGCCUACAAGCGCAAGUGCAUAGCCCUCAAGAGACGUCUCGCCGAAGUCGAAGCCGAAAAUGAAAUCAUGCGCACCCGCAACCGCCGCGGAACCCAAUACAUCCAAAAAAUGCGCCUGGAAUCAUGCAUGCUACUAGAGCGCCUCAAAACCGUAACCGUCAUGGCCGACGAAGCCAAAGCAGGCGCCGUGGACCCGGAAUUGCGCGCCCGCGCCGCGGCAAUGUUGUCCCAUGGAGAGGCACGUCUUGAAGACGAUACUGAAGGUAGCUCUGAUGAGCAGCCUCGCACGCCUGAUGAACGUCCCUUGCGCGUUAAGCGCUCUCGCAAGUCUGCUGCUGCUGGUCUUGAGGGGGAUGAGGAGGUUCAGCCUGAAGGACAGUCGGAAUCGGUGGAUGCUGCAGGUGCUUUGCCUCGUCUUGCUCCAGCCCCGACGCAGGAGUCGCUUACACACUCUUUCCGGGUGCAGACUGGUAGUGGGGGCUCGGCGGAGCAGACUCCUGUUGCUGCUGAUGGUCCUGUUGAGGCUGAGGCUGGCCAUGAGACUGGGACUACGCCUAUGGAUAUGGAUAAGGAGGAGGUUAAGGAGGAGCCUAAGGUUGAGCAGCCUUGA